AUGUCGACCAACAGGAAUCAUGCUACAGGCAUUGAAACCAAUGGAGUAUCAAUAGAAAGCAAAUCGCACCCAACUCGAACAACCUCCAACAAAUUAGAAGAUCAAGCUGCCACAGCAGCUCUUUACGUGACAAAUCAGAAUAAUCAAACGCCCAAAACGGGCUAUGAAUUUCUGGACAGCGACAAUAAAUUGUCGUCUGCUGGUGCAGCAGCAUCUCUCAAAUACGCGAAGCCCCGAGAUUUACCAAGUUACCCCUCCGUCGGAUUGAACAAGAGUCAGUCGGCAGCUGGAGCAGCAGCAUCUUUAGGUUGGCAGAACCAAAAGACUUUCGAACAUUGGAAGCCAGAUCCCUCCGCUGCGGCCUCGGCUGCUGCGAUGUUAGCCAAGGAUUACAAAAUGAAGCCCAUGUGGCAGCCAGAAUCAAGUGCACAUGGCGCAAAAGCGGCUUUGUUGGCUCAUAAAGCCAAUAAGGGUGUCGACUUGUGGCAGCCGGAGCCUACAGCAUGGGGGAAUACUGCCGCAACUCAAGCUAUGAAGAAGGGAAACACAUUAUCACCGCAAUUGGAUUAUGGACACACUGCUGUUGGAAGACAGGGUUCCCUGUUGGCUGCGACUGGUGCUAUGGCUAGCAGCAGGAAACGCGCAAAUUCGACACCUGUGAAGACUCAAAAACUUGAAACCUAUCCUGAUGAAGCCAAUGCUGCCAGUAAUGCUUUGAAAGCCGCGAAGUCUGUUCAUAAAUCUCAGACUAAUACUGCGAAACCUACCUAUUCUGCCGAAACCUAUCCGGAUGAAGCCAAUGCUGCAAGCAAUGCUCUGAGAGCUGCAAAGUCUGUUCAUAAAUCUCAAAUUGGUGCUGGAAAAGCUACCCAUCCUGGUCAAACAAAUACGCCCAGUAAUGCCAUGAAAGCUGCAGUCGCUGUUCAUAGAUCCAACACUGUUCGAAAACCUAAUACAUUCGAAAAGAGUGUUGGAUCGGUACCAUUCACAACACUGCCGCGAGAAAUGUAUACGUCUCAGCCGCCUGUCGACCAAUUUGAACCGGAGGUGCCCAAAGACCAAAAUCGUGAAGAUGUCCUUAAAGCCUCAGCAAUUGCUAUGGCCAAAAAAAUGUACAACCAACAGCAGAAACAAAGUGCUGCUACUUCCAAUGCGCAAUCUGGUGCAGCUGCAGCACACGGCCAGCGAAGACUUUCUAUAGAUAGCGAUGAUGAACCUACACCGAUGCGUUUUGAUAAUCUCCAAGCAAGAGCACAGCAGCUCACCAAUGAGUCAGUGGCGAGAAUGACAACCGAAGAUAUUAGAAAUCGUGAAUAUCGAGAUUAUUAUGGAGCUACCCCAAGUAUAUCUUCGAAGUUAUCUAAGCGAGGUCGAACAAGACGUCGGGCUUCCAGUUAUGAUGAGGAUCGCCAUCAGUCUGACAAAAUCCGAGCUCAGAUGAAUUUAUUCUCAAGCAAUAUCUCUAAAGUAGACGAAGAAAAGCGACAACGAGAUCGCGAUGCUUUACAUGCUGCAGCUAAGCGCAAUGUUAAUAAAGAUAUUCACGAGAUGGAUAAACAAGUAUUUAAAAAUACUGGCAAAGUUGCUCCAUCUCUACUCAACGAAUGGGAGUUAAAAGCACAUGAAGCUGCUCAAGCCCAAAGUAAAGCUAGAAUGGAGAAUUUUGGCAAAGUCGAUAUUGGUGGUGGAAAAUUUGUCGAUCAAAGUGUGAUUGAUGCUGCUGCCGCUAAGAUAAUCCAGCCGCAAUUGGAGGAAAUCAACACAAAGGCAGAAGCUAAGAGGUUUCGAGAGGCUGAGUUGAAACUCGAGGAAGAGGCUCGAAAGAGAAAAUCGCAAGAGAUUAAAAUGAGAGAGAAAGAGGAGAAAGAAAUUACCAAGAAAUUGAAGCAGCAAGAAAAAGACGAAGAGAGGGAGCGUAAAGCUGAUGAGAAGGCUGCUCUAAAGGAACGUCGUAAAUCAACCACCAAAUCCGAACCAGGUGCUCCAGUUUCAAAAACCUCACCUGCCACUGUACCUGGCGAAUCUGAACGCCCCACUACGGCUCCAGCUCCUGUACCUAUCCGUACUUCUAUAGAUGGAAAUAGCGUUCAUGUAUCUGGAGCUACAGAUGAUGCACACCCAAGUCAACAAGUUUCAUCUAAUACCCCAUCACCAACCUCUGAGAGUGGUUCCAAGGUGAAGAACUGGCUUAAGUCUAAAAUGGGAAGGAUAUCUGGUCGUCACUCGAAAUCCUUAUCAGAAUCUAAUGCUACUAAAGAUGAGAAAGGAUUUAUGGGUGGUCAUACCUACACAGGUGCGAGUGUUAAUAAUAGUACGACAUCUCUUAGUCGACAAAGUAUAAAGGACGUUGCAAAUGCCACCGCUCUUGUCCCCGGAGCCAACCCCACUGUUGCUCCUACUCAACAACCAGAAGAAUUUGAAAGAGUAGGCAGAAGUAGAACAAGAGCAGGAGAUGACGUGAGUAGCCUUAGCGAAUUUGGUGACAAAGCAAAGGGCAGAGAAGACAAUUUAAGUGGCGACGAUGAUGAUGACUUUCAGGAGGCAAGGGAUAACUUUAAUGACGAGUUGGCGCCGCCUAGACCAUUCUCAUCUCAUGGAGCAGUCAGCACAAGUCCGGGCAGAGCUCCCAGAUUUCAUGAGGAGAUCUAA